AUGAAACUCAGCAAAUCAAUUCUCAGUCCAGUCCGCGCUACCCGAGAUUUCUCCUUCCUCAGCCGCCGCCUCCGCUCCAAUGGCAGCCGCAGAGGCGGGCUAGCGUCGCCGUUCGGGAAGAAAAGAGGCUGCGCUAUUGAGAGCCACGAGCCUUCUUCGCCGAAGGUCACCUGCAUUGGGCAAGUGAGGGUUAAAUCGAAGAGGAAGGCGAGGGCUAAGGCGGCGGCAGCCGCCGCGGCGAAGCAGUGCCGGAGCCGGAGCCUGUCGAGGAGGGCGGAUUUGGGGGAAGCUAGUUUCAGGAGGACGGCGACGGAUCAGUCUCGCCGGAACCAGAGAUGGGUUCACUUGCCGAUCUCCAUCUGCGAGGCUCUCCGCGGAUUCGGCGCCGAUUACUUGUGCUGUAUCUUCCACGGCGGUUGUGGCUAUGGCGGCUGCGGCGGCUGUGGCUGUGGCUGUUCGAAGAGAAAAUGGUGCUGCGGGAAUGGAAUUAGGGGUUGUGGGGCGGCUGCUGCAUUCGGGAGGUGGCUUCUCUGCCUCUCUGUGAGUGAUGGUAGAGAGAGGGAGGUGGUGGUCGGAGAUGCCGCCGGCGCCGCCGCGGAGGCGGCGGAGGAGGGAAGGGGUGGGUACAGGAGGCACGUGUUUGAGGAUAUGGAGGUUAGGGAUGGGAGGAUACGAGUGAGGUCUGAGUUUGAGUGUUUAGUGGAGGAGGAGCCGGCGAGAGUGAGCAUUUGUAUACCUCCAAAGAAUGCUCUUCUGCUAAUGAGAUGCAGAUCUGAUCCCAUGAAAAUGGCUGCUCUUGCCAAUCGGAUCAGCUCUGCUGCCUCCAAAUGUCGAGACGACGACCCCAUUGAAGAAGAACUGGAGAUGGAGAUGGAGAUGGAGAAGGAGAAGGAAUCCCCUGGUCAAGAAAUCCAAGAAGAAGAAGAAAUGAUGGAUCAUCAAGGCAAGAUGAUUUUGAGGAAUCUCCCAGCUUCAGAACAAGUGUCUACAUUCAAUCAAGAGCCCGAGCCCGAGCCCGACUUAGAAAUGGAAGUGGGAGACCAUGACCAUGACCAUGACAAUGAGAAUGACCAUUAUAGGGAGGAAGUAAAAGAGCAAGAAGAAGGAGAAGGAGAAGAAGAAGAGGUUGAAUCUAACAUGUCCUCAUUCGAAGCUCUUCUAGAGCAAGAAACAACAGAAGAACACUACCCAGAGGAGGAUUGCUGCCCAGUCGAAGUUGAAGCUGAAGCUGAAGCUGGAGAAGAUAUCCCAAUUCGGCAUUCAUCAUCAAAUGAGCACCAGGAAGAACUAAUGGCUAAUUCAAAUUCACCAGAUGCCAAGGAGGACCAACCAAAUCCUCCACAAAUCCAACCAGUAGAGGUCGUACAAGCUGUGGACAAGGAAACCAGCAACCAAGAUCAUUUAAAUCAAGAAGAAGAAGAAGAAGAUGAUGAAAGUAAUCCUCCAGCUCCUGUUCUGCCAGAUUGCUUACUCCUUAUGAUGUGCGAGCCCAAGCUGUCAAUGGAGGUCUCCAAGGAAACAUGGGUCCGCGGCACCGACUUCAUCCGGUGGCUGCCGGCGCGCAAGCCGGCCAAGCCCGCCACCAAAGCCGGCUGCUGCCAUCACGACGCCGUCAACGUCAACGUCAAGAGAAAGCCGCCUCCCAAUGACUACAGCUCCGCCACAAAGCCCAUUUCCAUUCCCAUUCCCGUUCCCAAGCCCAAGAAGCACGAUCACCUUCAGCCGCCGCGCUCCUCCUGCUCUCUGCCCGCCGCCGCCUCGUCCAUGGCUACCAUUCUCGAGCAGAAGCUGCAGGCGGGUGGGACCUACGAGCCCUUCGUGCUCACCCGCUGCAAGUCGGAGCCGAUGCGGACGGCGGCGGCUAAACUCACGCCGGAGUCGCUCUUCUGCAAGAAUUCCAGUUUGAAAAUGGAGCCCCACCCGGUCGGCGUCGGGGCGGCCGGUAUCAGCUGACCUGGCUGGCAAUGAUAAUAAUAAAAAUAAAAAUAAAAUAAAUAAGAUUGAGUGAGUGAGUUAGUGAAUUAUGUGUGUAGGUGUGUUGUUAGAGAACCAUUGUGCAUCCGUUUGUUUUUGUACAUUUCGUUAUUUUCAAAAUUUUAUUAUUACCAUUACCAUUAAUUACCACAUCUGCUUUCC